CUAAUGAGCUGAACGAAUCACCACUAAUCAACGACUAGAGAGAAAAAGGCUAUGGAAGACAAUGGCGGGGCUCCGUCGAAUCUCCUUGACGACGCCGUCGGGGCUCUCGCCGGCCGAUUUGUCGCCGUCGAAGACUCCGUCGAGACCAGCGCUGCUUUUGUCCUUCACCACCUCCUCAAGCGCGCUCUCUCUCCUCUCUCUCCCACCGUCGUCCUUUUCGUUUCCUUCGCCCACCCCUUCUCUCACUACGAUCGCAUCCUCCGAAAACUCGGUUGCAAUUUAGCUGCUCAAAGGGACAAUAAAAGAUUCUUCUUUUUCGACAUGCUUAUGUGGGAAUACCAAGGUGAGAGAAUCAGAGAUGAAGAAAAAACCCGCGGGGAUGGACUUGUUGCUCUUUAUGGGGAAAUCCAAAAGUUAAUAAGUGACUUGCCUGAAGAGAGGAAGAAUUCUGUUACCAUCAUGAUAGAUGAUGUCUCUCUCAUGGAAGUGGCUGCAAAAGGAUCUACAAAUCUUGUCUUAGACUUUCUGCAUUACUGCCACACUUUAACGUCUGAACUCGGUUGUUCUUUAGUCGCACUUAAUCACGGAGAUAUCUAUUCGAGCACAGAGAGGCCAACACUUAUUUUACAAAUGGAGUAUCUGGCUGGAAUUCUAAUAAAGGCAGAGCCUUUGGCCACUGGGCUAGCCAAAGACGUGCAUGGGCAGUUGACGGUUCUCAACAGGGGUGAUGGCCAGGGAUCAAGAUACAAGUUGUGUAAUUUUCACUUCAAAGUGAAGGAAAAUAAUGUCGAGUAUUUCUUUCCGGGGAGCAGGUCUUGAGGAGACACAUUUGUAUUCCAAGUUGGGAGUAAAUUGACAUGGCACCGUUACCUACCUGGAUGUAACCGUUGAUGAAGAAAAGAGACUUCUGAUUACUAAGGCUAUGUGCCGGUUACGGAGGCUCUCGUUCUCGGAUAGUUUAUGGCAUUAUUUGCAACUACAUGAUAUCCAAGAUCUUUCACCACAAUGGGGAUAACUAAGCAGGCUGUAAUUAUAUUGCUGGGACUUGAAGUGUUCAACUCGUGUUUCUUUGUAUUUCGCAUGCCCAACUGAAAGAGGGUACUUUAGCAUCGGUGCUCCAUUGAGACUGUAAACGGGGUUUAAAAUGUUGGUUGGUUCAUCCCAGUAGCUGCUGAAAAACACAACAAUGUGUAUCUACGAGGAUUGACUGCAUUGAGUGUAAUACUAGGAUUGCAACAUGGUAGCUUGGAAAUGAGCAAAAGAUCCAUUGGAUGAACUUUUGACAUUUU